GGAAAUCAUGUAUAACAUAGUCAGAUCAGCAAGGGGAUCAAAGGUCGAGGAAUUGUUAGACGCCGCAAGACUAAAUGACGAAAUAUUUUAUAAUUUUACUGAGGAAAUUUUGAAUCUUGUCACAGAAUGCGAUUCUGACUACUGA